CGUAACAGCGACAUUAUUUCCGCAUACGAAAUAUUUUUGAAUUAAAGUCAACGGAAAUUUCAAAUGGUAAUUUUCAAUUUUAAGCUUUUUAUUCAUCGAGAUUUAAUAAAACACUUACUUAAUUUUAAAAUAUUUAAAGAAACCAAUUUGAGAAAAACAAAAAAAGACAAAAAUGUUUUCUUAAAAUAUUACCCAGGAUCGAACUCAAGAUUAUUAUUUUGUACGUUGGUCAUAAAUCAAUAAUCCAAAUGGUUAUGUAGAACUUAGUCGAUUUGUUUUUACUAUUAGAAAGAAUACAAUAAGGAACUUAUGCUAACUUAUCCUAAUAACUAUACGAAUCAUGCCCACGUGGAAUGAUGACAAGAAUACUGGCUGCGCGCUCUACAGCCAGGCCCAAAAAUGAGCCAGCCCUUCUGUCACCAGUCGAGUCAACUAGCCGCGGUGAAUUUGUUUGCACUGUGAUCAAGGCCCAAGGGUCUCCACGGCAAAAAAUACAAUUAGGUAACUCUCAGUCAGAGAGGCAUACUUGAGCCACUUACCGGGUUCAGCUGUUUCUGCUGCGGCUCCUGGUCUUGAUUUUGCCUCCCUGAUAUGACACGGUGCUUAUGUGUCAACGCAUGUAGCUUCCCACAUUAGGGCCCGCCCCAUUUCCCAGGGAACCAGUGUCAAUCCAUCAGGUCUCUUGCCAUCAUCCCGACUUAUUCCUGAAGCUCGAUUAGCGCAGGAAUAUUUAUGCUGGCACGAGCCCUUUUUUAAGCCAUUAAGAGAGCCAUGCCGAAAUAGCCUACCGCCACUCCUUUGGAAUGAAAGCCCGUGAAUUCCAAAUUUACUUACCCGUUUUCCACAUAAACAUUUGUGCUCUAAGCACAUUUUCGAAAUUAUUGUACGCUUACUGUCUGAAAUGAUUCUGGAGCACAUAGAUAGUAAUUUAUUUCCGCAACCAACCAUAAAUAAUCAUGUUCAAAAGUCUUUGUACUGAAGUUUCGACAUUCAACCCCAUGAUCUAUUCAAUGUCAACUGUCAACUGUAAAGUGUCAAGUGUCUGUGCAAAGACUAAAAAAUCAAUACUGUGUUCAUUGUAUUUGUAUUUUACCGCUCGAGUAUUCAGUGUUGAUUGUUGUUGUGCUUGCAAAUAUUUAUAUUUACUUUUAUUCCAUGUUUUAAGUUUAGUACGUACUAUAGUUAUGUUUAUUUUAUUGUCAUAAUCAUGUCUGAAUAACUUAAUGCAAGUAAUUUUUGAGUAUGAAGCAGAAUGAGUGUCGAAAUCGGCAAAAGAAUCACUUUCAAGCGUACUAGACCUAAUCCUCUUUUUCACGAUUGGUUAGAAGAGUUGUACGAAGAAGCGAAGCAAAAUGGUAGUAAAAUCGAAUGUAAGUUGAAAGAAGCUCUAGAUUCUAUCACGAAGUACCCUUUACCUUUGGAAUCUGGUGCCGAAUGCGCUGUCUUAAAAGGGUUCGACAAACGCUUGUGUUUAUUUCUCGAUAAACGUUUAAAGGUGUACAAACACAAUCAAUGUGUAGUAGAGACAUGUUCAAAAACAACAGACACGUCUGGUGACGAAAGUGAUGUAGAACAUGAUACGCCUGGUGUAAAAAAUGAUGUAAAACUUAAUGAAACUAGUGAAAGAAAUGAUGUAAAACUUAAUUCACCUGGUGAAAGUAAUGAUGUAGGACCUUGUUCACCAUGUGAAAGAGAUGAUGUAGUACUUAAUUCGACUGGUAAAGAGAGUGAUUUAGAACAUACAGUUGUAUCACAUUCCGUUAAAAGUAAUGUAGAGCCUACACCAAGUUCCUCAUUUGUUAACACAAAUGUUUCUAAGACCAGACAAACUAGAAAUGUAGAAAAGAGAAAAUACAGGCCACCAUUUAGAUCUGGAUGUUAUGCCUUAUUAAUGGCUCUUUCAGAUUUAGUGAACAAUCAAUCAAUGAGUAAAGAAGAAUUAAAACUGGCAGCUCAGAAGUAUUCUGACAGUGAUAUAAGUUUAGAGUGGAAGCAUAUGACUCAGCUAGUAAAAAAGGGUCUAGUUUGUAAGAGAAUUAAUAACAAAAAAGUACAAUUUUGCUUAACUGAAGAUGGAUUUUCUCUAGUAGCUGAAUUUCAUCAUCAUGCUCAGAAGAAAACAGCUGUUGAUGAUUCAAAAGAUAUUAAUUCAAAGAAUGCUGAAAGUGAUACAAAUGAUUUACUUUUUGAUGAAAAUGAAUGUUCAAGUAAUAAAGUAGCUGUUGCAAAAAAUGCAAGAGUUAUGAGCAAAGGUACACUACAUGAUAAAAAUGAUACAGAAAGUCAUUUAAUCAAUGAUUCCAAUACUGUUUCGAAAAAUGUUGAAGCUAUAAAUAGUAUCAAUCCUAUAGAAGAUACAGGAACUGCCUCACUUGUUAAAAAUACGAGUUCUGAUGUAGAAAACCAUGUUGAUUACAACAGUUUGAUAGAAAUGGAGCCAAACUCUUUUGAUAUAAUACUGCUUAUAGAUAAGAAUGAAACCAGUGGAGUAACAAAAAAGAAUGAUCCAACAGUAACACUAUUUAACAAAUACGAUUCCCUGAAGUGUGAGUACAGGAGCUUAAAAGUAGGUGAUUUCACUUGGGUGGCUCGAAGCAAAAGCAACAAAGAUCAAGAAUUAGUGUUGCCAUAUGUGGUCGAACGUAAAAGGAUGGACGACUUUGGCAGUAGUAUAAAAGAUGGCAGAUUUCAUGAACAGAAAUUCAGGCUUAGGAGAUGUGGAUUGAAUAAUGUCAUUUAUUUGGUAGAAAAUCAUGGUAGCAAUAAACACGUGGGCAUGCCCGUGCAAUCACUGAUGCAAGCUUUAGCCAACACGAGUGUCCAAGAUGGAUUUAAAGUUCAUGUUACUGAGUCUUUGGCCCAUUCAGUGGGGUUCCUGGUUGUAAUGACUUCGAGGCUGAUAUAUGAAUAUAAGAACAAAUCAUUAAAAGGCCACAACGGGGAGCCAAAAGAAGAUAUCCUCAUGAGAUUCGACUAUUUUAACAAAUCGUCAGUAAAGAACAAGGCCCUGUGCGUCACAGACACAUUCAUAAAGCUACUGUUGCAGCUGAAAGGUGUUUCAGUAGAGAAGGCUUUAACAAUAACCAACGAGUACAAAACUCCUCGAUCGUUGAUAGAGAAGUAUGGCAGUUGUGAUCAGAAAGAAGGAGAAAUGUUAUUAGCGAAUCUCAAGUUUGGCGAACUUAAUCGCAGUGUAGGGCCUGGUGUCAGUAAAUCAAUAUAUCAACUGUUCACGUUUAGAAAUGUGACUUAAUGUUAUAUUAAAGUCUCGUAUGAUCCGGCCGCUCAGAGGUUGCGUUUCUGACAGGUCGUUAUCGAAUGGGCGAUGUAACCCCGAACUGGCGUACAAUGUUGUUAAACUGCGUUAUUUCAAAGUUAUAUUAACUGUUUGUCUUUGUAGUGAGACAAAAAAAAAGAGCCAAACGGAAUUAUGACAGAUUUUUAUAUUGUAUAUAAUUUAGGAGUAUACUAAUAGUAAAGCAAUUUCGUAAAGUAACAGGGUAUCUGCGAUCAUUACUUUCGGAGAUACAGGGAUUUAAAGGGUUAGAUUUGCGACACUGCCGCGGAUCGCUAGAAAAACGCUCCAUACAAAAUGGUACGAUUUAAUGACGUCGUAGGUACAUAAUGAUUGUUAGAAUUGUAUGGGCGUUCAAACAAAAUUACUAAUAUCUUUGUUAUUGGUGCGUUUUUGUUUAUAAUUUAUAAUCAUGUUGUAAAAUGUCACAUUUAAUGUAAGGAAGCUAAAACUAUGAAUGUUCAUCUAGAUAUAAGAUUUUUAAUAGAUUUUGAAAUUUUAUAAUCUUAUUUAUUUUGCAAUUAUCCAGACAUUCUUCACUUUUUAUGUAUAAAUUAGUUAUAAAAAUCAAUAUAAUCAAAGUCAUCAUCCCCAUUGUAGAUAAUUGAAUAUGUUUGUGAUUUGUCCCAUUCGAUCACGACCUGUCAGAAAUGCAAUCUCUGAGCGGCCGGAUUUUAGUUGUUAGAUUGCAUGUUAGUCUUUAAAAUCUAUCUGUUUAUAAGCUCUUCAUCCAUUGGACUGAUUUGGAGCUUUUAGAAAACUUAUUUUUUUAAGGGUCUUUGUGUGAUAAUGAAAAAGUCACAUCAGAAUUUAUUAUUUAUAAUUUACAGAAACUCGAUAGUCGUUUAUUAUUUACUUUUAUAAAUUAUGCGUUUAUAAAGACUUUUUAUUAAAGACUAUUAGUUGUUAGUUUUCACGUUAGUCUUUUUUAUCUGGCUGUGGAUCUGAGGUCCUCAGCUGCUGGACUGAUUUGGAGUUUUUUUAACUUAUUUUUGUAUGGUUCUUUGUGUGACAAAAAAGGUCGCAACAUUUAUUAUUUAUUUACAGAAAUUCAAUUUGUACUUUCAUAAAUUAAGUUUACAAAUUAUGCUUUUAAAAAGACAUUUAUGGAACAAUUAAGGUAUAUUUUUUAAUACAGUAGAUUAAAAAUAAUGUUUUUUGUUUUUUCUACGGUUUAGAUUUUAUUCAUUAACACAAAAAGUAUUUUUUAAGAUUAAAUUAUUGUUUACCUAUAUUUUGUACUUAGUGUAAGUUUUGUAAGUACCUGCUCAAGAUAAAAGUAUUGAUAUAAUCACCUCAUUUUUUUUGUUUUGAGAGGCAGUUUACUAUAUUUUAAUACUUGGACUUUCUGGAUCCGAAUCUGUAUUAAAAUUGGCUACCUCCCAAUCUAUUUUUGUCUAUGGUAAGGGCAGAAGCUAACAGACUUUCAGCUUCUAUAAAAUGGGGAAAGAUUAUUAUCGAAGGCUCUUUCGGAGUCUGAGACAAUGGUCUCGAGUUAUGUAAUGACGUAACUCAAUUGUUAUUUCCUCCUAUUUAAGUAUGUAAAAUAAUACUUUCAAUUAUACCUACCUUUUUUUAUUUACAAAUCUAUUUGUAAAUAAAAUAGGUAGCUACCUACAUACUAUUUCUGAAUGUAUAUUGAAUAGUAGGUACCUAUUUGUGAUCUCAGCAUUGAAAUAUAUCUAUUUUAAAAAUUA